UUAACUGAUCUCUUGUUAAUAACCACUCAACUUUCCAAUUAUAAUUAUAGCAGUGGGUUUAUUGUGGUUAAUCCUCCCAAAUCCUGUUACCAACCAAUUUCCCAUAUUGCGUUUGGGGCUUUCUCUGUCAGACAGGUGCGUGAUCUGAGAUCUUGCGAAAUAAGAACGGGGAUCAGAAAUGAUCAGAUCUGUGUUGCAGGCUGCUGAGCUGAGCAGAGUGUCUGCGGGUUCAGUCUGUGGCUUCACAGUUGCUUCCUCGAGGCUGGAUCAUUUGGGAACCAUGGACAGCAACGGCAGCACGCUGUGGAGCUCCGGCUCCCCUCCUCAAUCCGUCCACACCGAGCUGGCAACUGUAGCUCCCACCAUCUUCCCUCGGGUGGGCUACAGCAUACUUUCUUUCCUCAUGUUCAUCAACACAGUGUUGUCAGUUUUUAACAACGGCCUCGUCAUAACCGUGAUGCUGAGGAACCCGUCCCUCCUCCACCCCAUGAACAUUUUCAUCCUCAGCCUCGCCGUGUCUGACCUCAUGAUAGCUCUGUGCGGCUCCCUGGUCGUCACCAUCACAAACUACCACGGCUCCUUCUUUAUCGGCCACACCGCCUGCGUGUUUCAAGGAUUUUCGGUCAAUUAUUUUGGUCUGGUGUCUCUCUGCACCCUCACUCUUCUUGCCUAUGAGCGCUACAAUGUGGUGUGCAAGCCAAAAGCUGGUUUGAAGCUGAGCAUGCGGAGAAGCAUCAUCGGGCUGCUCUUCGUCUGGAUCUUCUGCUUGUUCUGGGCCGUUACGCCGUUAUUUGGCUGGAGCUCUUAUGGGCCUGAGGGCGUCCAGACCUCUUGUUCCCUGGCUUGGGAAGAGAGAUCAUGGAGCAACUACAGCUACCUAAUCCUCUACACGCUCCUCUGCUUCAUUCUCCCCGUCGCAAUCAUCAUCUACUGCUACUCCAAACUGCUGACGUCCAUGGACAAGCUGAACAGGAGCGUGGAACUGCAAGGCGGGUCCUCCAGCCAGAAGGAGAAUGGGCAUGCCAUCAGCAUGGUCUUGGCCAUGAUUAUCGCAUUUUUUGUUUGCUGGCUGCCCUACACGGUAUUGUCGGUGGUGGUAGUUGUGGAUCCGGAGCUGUACAUCCCACCAUUGGUCGCCACCAUGCCCAUGUAUUUCGCAAAGACCAGCCCUAUCUACAACCCCAUCAUCUACUUUCUUUCCAACAAGCAGUUCCGUGACUGCGCGCUGGAGGCGUUGUCGUGCGGACACUACAUUCCCCACGGGCCCACCAGUGUCAGCGUCCCCAUGUGCUCCUUGAACAGGAGCGGCCGGCUGUCUUCCUUCGGCAGGAAAGUCAACACGCACAGCAAGGUGUUGCCUCUGUGACUAUGUUCAUUGGUGCUUUAUGAAGGACACAGACCUGAACAACAAGAUUGUGUCCCCUGCAGAGGCCUUCACUGGCCCCCAGUGAGCGCACAAUCAGCUUCAAGACUGAGAGCUGGUAUCCAGAAGGUGAACAAAAUAAACUGUAGCAGAUGCAAUAAUGAAAUCCCACAAAACAUAGUCGAAGAACUGCUUAUUUUGUUCACUUUUUGUUUUCAGUGUCUGUUUGAGCUGUUUGAGGCUAGUUCGUAUUAAUUGGAUUACAUUAUAUUGCAAGAGCGUGCUCGUCUGCAUCCAUGCGUUGAGAAUUCAAUGAGACGGUUUUUUAUGUGAUUUGUUUUAGAUCAGCACCUCCUUCAAAGUGGUGUUUGCAAGAGUGCACGAAUGUAGGAAACUAGCCAAAAAAAAAAAAAAGGGAAGGAGCUAUUGAAAAGCGAGGAAAUACUGACUGAGAAGAGUGUUUUGUAAGAUUUGUAGUUUCCAUUUGCAGUUUCCCAUUUGUAUGCAUUUUUUAACAAAGCAAUUCAAAUGACAGAGAGAGACUGUGAGGACAAGAAGCCUUCCGCCCCAGCCUUUUUGUUCAAAAAUAAAAUGCAGUGGAUCUGUUUUGGUUUAUGUGGGAAGCUAUUUUCUCGUUUAACAAAGUUAGAUAUUUAAACAUUUCGAGGUGUUGGGUAAUGAAAUAUUGAUUUAUGCAACGUGCAAUCCUUUUUAUAUUUCAAGGCCUUUUUUUUUUUCUUUUUUUUUUUUGCUGGGAACUCGAGCUCCGAUUUUAUGGGUGAAAUACUGCACAGCACCACCUUCCUAUGUGAUGUUAUUAUUAUGCAAAAAUUGAAUUAAAGUCCACAGUAGAAAGCUCCAUCAGCCAAUCAGUCCUGACAGCUAGGCCGAAUAAUUUUAUCCGUUGUGGAUUAUGCAGUAAGUCCUGCCUGCUCCCUGCUCUCACACAUUCCCACAUAAGGGCUGCACAAAACAUUACCGCACCACACAGAGCCGUAAUUUCUCUCAUAAGCACCAAUGCGGAUACACAGUGCACUAAGUACAAUUAUUUUUUGGUUGCAGGGAAACAGCGAUGUCAACAUAAUAUGCCUAAAUACGUUCCCUGCUACCCUCAAAAUCACAUUAGGAAAACAUUAGAAAUUUGGGAGCACUUGUUAAGCAGGCCAGCAGCACGGCUCACCUUGUGCAUGUUUUAACAAUGUGGAGCCAGUCAGGCAGUAAAAGACCUUCAUUUUUCUUGGUUAGUCGGCUCUGUGGUCUGGCAAUUUUUCAUUUGUAUUACUUUGUAUUUUUCAUCCCUAUAGACAGGGAGCUUUAGACAGGUCAGAAGAAGGAUAACACAAUAACAACGUUUCUGUUCCCGAUUCAAAGGCAGGGCAUCACGUCUCACAUGGCACGUGUCUGGGUCCAUAAUGAGUCAGGAAGAUGAAUAUGCUACGCUGAAAAAAAGACAAAGAGUUAAAAGAAAAGGCUGGGGGAUUUUUUUUUUUUUUUUUUUUCCACUGUUGAAUUGCUGCGUACAGUCGGAGUAAAGGAUUUAAGACGAUGAGUCUGACAUCCUUAUUAUAUGUCACUCUCUAGGUGUGAUCAGCUGGUCCUUUCCCUCUGUGAAAUGCAGAUCGGUCUCUUAAUGGUGAGACUGAAAUCCAGCCAUCCAGUCCCCGGCAUGAGUAAGAUCUACGUGCGCUCACCGGCCGCUUCAUUAGGUACACUAGUGAAAAACGUAUGCAUCUUGAUAUCACAGCCCUGCAUUUAAUUCUCUAAAAUACUGUUGAAGUUUAUAAUCAGUUUAUGUUGGGCAGGACCAGAAAGGCAGUAAUUCAACUCUAUGAUCAUUUUGGAGAAUGGGCUUUGUGGUGGUGUUAAACUGGACUGGAAUAAAUGUUCCUGUUAUUUAGCCAAAAUGGGACUGUCACAAUAAUAGAAACAUGUGUCUUUACAACACAAUAUUGUAAAACAAAAUUAAAAGACAGUUAAAACAAUAGCUCCUGAUGAUUUUACACAGAUACUGAAUUCCAUAACCUUCAUGACUGUUAUAUUAGGAUACAUUCAUUUUAACCAGUGUACCUAAUGAAGUGGCCAGAGAGAGGUCAUAUCCCUUUAGAAGUAUUUUACUGCACUGUACAGCGUUAGCUAAAUCUUCUUUUACACAUUUCAUCUUCCCUUUACAGUGUGUAUAAAUAAUUAAUUUCCAUUAUUGAAGCAGGUGUGUUUGGUGCCUCGUUUGUAAUAUCCUUUUAAGAUGUGUUUGGUUUCUUUCGGUUUGGGUUUUUUAGUGAAAAGUAGGUUGACUUUGUUUCUUCGCUCAUUCUCUUCCCUCCCACUUGUCUGGCUCGAUGUAAAUAUUGUAAAUGGGAAUCUGCUUCUAAAUAAAUUGCUUUUAACUUUU